CCCCUUCUCCUCCAGUAAUCCAGUUCCCUCAACUUGCCGAGGCUCGCGACUCGCGACGCCUUCCCCAGCCCCACACCCCGCGACCCAAACCCUAGCCCCCAUCCACCGUACCGCCACCGUCAUGGCCGAACCAUCCGCCGCCGCCGUCACCGCAGCUGACGUCGGGGCGCUGGCUUCGUUGCCCCCGCUGGUCGCCGAGGAGGCCGACGCCGCCGCGAUGGAGGAGGCCGCGGCGGCCGCGAAGAGGUGGCCCGGGUGGCCCGGGGACAGCGUGUUCCGGCUGGUGGUGCCAGUGCUCAAGGUCGGAAGCAUAAUCGGGCGGAAGGGCGAGCUCAUCAAGCGCCUCGUCGAGGAGACCAAGGCCAGGGUCCGCAUCCUCGAGGGCCCCGUCGGCGCCACCGAGCGUAUCGUUUUGGUUUCUGGAAAAGAAGAUCCAGGCUUGGAGCUACCUCCAGCCAUGGAUGCUCUCAUGAGAGUUUUUAAGCGUGUAAUUGGGAUAACAGAUGGAGCUGCUGAGGGCACUCAGGCCGCUGCUACUCCUGGUGUAUGUGCUGCUCGAUUGUUGGUUCCUGGAGCUCAGGCAAUUAAUCUAAUUGGGAAGCAAGGUGCCACUAUCAAAGCAAUCCAGGAGAGCACGGGUGCUACAAUACGGGUAAUAUCAGUAGAUGAACGGGAGCGACCAUUCUAUGUAACUGACGAUGAAAGGAUAAUUGAGAUACAGGGCGAUACAGAGAAAGUUCUAAAAGCACUACAAGCAGUUUCUAACCAUCUUCGGAAGUUUUUGGUUGACCAUAGUGUACUUCCAUUAUUUGAAAAAACUAAUACUACAGUGAGCCAAGAUCGCAAUGGUGAUGGUUGGAGUGAUAUGUCACAUCCUUCAAUUGGUUCUGCACAAGUGAAUCAACCACCUUCUGUGGUAGAUGAAUAUAUUCUCCCAGUGAAGAGGGAAUCUUUGUAUCUUGAACGAGAACCUUUGGUAGAUCAUAACAUUCAUCGCUCAGGAGUAUCACUUUAUGGGCGGGAUCCAGCCUUGUCAACACUACGACCCUCUGGAAUACAUGGUGCUGGCCCGCUACUUACGCAGAUAACCCAAACCAUGCAAAUCCCACUUACCUAUGCUGAAGACAUUAUAGGAGUUAAAGGAGCAAACAUUGCGUACAUACGAGCUAAUAGUGGGGCUGUUGUUACAAUUCAGGAGAGUUUGGGUAGUCCUGAUGAUAUUACUGUUGAAAUAAAGGGGACAUCCUCACAGGUACAAGCUGCACAGCAGCUCAUCCAGGACUCGUUGGCUGCACACCGUGAACCUGUCAGGAGCAGUUAUGUGGGAGCAGGAUUAGAUUCAGUGUAUAGGUCCAGCUACUCACAAUAUGGCAGUUCCACCUAUCCUUCGUCAUCUCUGCCAUCUUAUUCUAGUAUUGAUGAUGUUAGUAGAUACCCGUCUUCAGGUCUUGGUGGCUAUGGGUCGAGUUACCGGUACUAGUAGUAGUUCGUCCUUAGGCUUCAAUGCUUGAUGGAACCUUGUAUCCAUUCCUGGUGAUCAUUGUACAAGUCAUCAAGUUUUCUGCUUUGUAUGCUUCCGGGCACCCAGACUUCGGGGUCUGCUUUGUUUUGACAAAUGAUUGGUUUUAUAGAUUUUUCCGUCUCAUGGAAUCGGAAAUUGUACUUGUUUACUA